AUGGGGGACCUUAACAGCAACCAGGCAAUGAGGAUCGCACAGGUAACGACCUCCUCUUUCUUUUCAACCAUGUUGCCCAAACAGACUAGUAGCAUAAGGAUGAUGAUAAAAUGAUCUUGAUGAAAACCCAUGUUUACCCCCUAGCAUGAUGGCCCUAUCAGGACAAUCCACUGGAUAAAAGCUCCUAACUACAGCUGUAAUAUGACAGGCAGCUGGGACAAAACACUGAAGACUGUCAUUCUAAACAUUUGAGAAUCGUCAUCUCUCAGAAUGUUAUGAAAUGCACUUUCGAAGUCAUUGGUUCUAAUUACAAAAGGAGGAUGUCAGAUGUGAUGAUCUCCUGCCCUCAUCUCUUUGUCCCCCCCCCCCCUCCCCUCCUCAGUUCUUGGAUACAUGCUCCCCUAGUCCCAUAAUGUCUCUGCAGAUGCCAGACCUGCUGUGUAUGCUGUAUGUUGCCUUGUCUUUAUUAAAUAAUGUAAUGGUGCCUUUUCUUUAUGUGAGUAGUUGUCAAUUAGUCUUCAAACUAAACAACAUAGCAUUAUCUCUCUCCUUACCAUAUUUUAUAUCUCUUUCUCUCUCUUAACCCCCCCCUCUCUUGCUCUCCCUCCGUCCCUCCCCCUCUACCUCACUCUCUCAGGUGAAUGCUAUCUCCUUUCACCCUGUCCACGGUACACUGUCCACUGUGGGAUCUGACGGACGCUUCAGCUUCUGGGACAAAGAUGCCCGCACCAAGUUAAAGACCUCAGAGCAGCUGGACCAGCCAAUCACCACCUGCUGCUUCCACAACAACGGCAACAUAUUCGCCUACGCCUCCAGCUACGAUUGGUCAAAGGUGAGAUUUAUGAUUGCACUAAAAUCAUAAAUCUACUGUAUACCUAUUGUAUUGUCUUAAACCCAUUUGUGUUAGCACUCUAAUGCAGUCAGUUGCUAACUCAUGUCAUAUCUGAACACCCAGGAGCAUGAGUACUAA